UCAGUGACUGAACCGCACAGACUGCGGAGGAGCUCCGCACGUUCACUGCGCACCUGGCGCUUCAUUUGCGCUCAGAGUGAAAAAGGAAAGAGGAAAAGAGAGAGUAGGAAUAUAAGGGAGGAAGAGGAGAAACUUUCCUGCGGAUAUAAUGAGGGAACCCUGGAGAAAUGAUCCUGAUGGAGAGGAGAACCUGACCGGGAUGUGAACCGAUCCACAGUCUCUAAUCAGCAGUGUUUUCCACUAUGACGCCACGUGAGAUCACCAUCUCAACUCACCUGCUCCUCCAUCACCUCCUCCCCUUCACCCUCUCUCUCCUCCAGCCUCCCCACCACCAACCCGUGCACGUGCCCACCCUGGUCCCGCACGCACCGACACCUCUGACCCGCUCGCGCUUCAGCGCCGAGGCCCAGCUGGACUUCACCACCCGCUGCAACGCCAGCUGCUUCCACCGAGCGGAGCAGGAGGAGCAAAUGACGGACAAACUGGCCUUUGAGACGCUGUACGCGGACGGCUUCCGCACCCUCACCACGGUGGAGGUGGAGGAUGAUGAUGAUGAUGCUCUUCACCCGACUCACGCGCCCGAGUGGAGAUGGAGGAGACGAUUGAAGCGCAGGAUGAAGCGACAGAUCUACGGAGCGGACGGGCGUUUUAACAUCCAGGGUGACGACUUCCUGAUGGAUUAUCCCUUCUCCACGGCGGUGCGCAUCUCCACCGGAUGCACGGGCGUCCUGGUGUCCCAGCAGCACGUCCUCACCGCGGCCCACUGCGUGCACGACGGGAAGGAUUACGUUCAUGGAGCCCAGAAGUUGAGGGUUGGCUUCCUGAUUCCUCCGUCCGUAAAUGGCACCAAAGCCGGGUUGAUUCCCAACAAGAAGCCGCUGGUCCGCUGGGUUCGGGUGAAGCGCACUCGGGUGCCGAGGGGCUGGAUCCAGGGCCCGCAGGAGGUCAGCAUGGACUUUGACUACGCCCUUUUGGAGCUGCGGUGGCCUCACCGGCGCCCCUUCAUGCGGCUCUCUGUAGCGCCCUCUUCGGACGACCUGGCAGGGAACCGCAUUCACUUCUCUGGGUUCGACAGCGACCGCCCGGGGGAGCUGGUGUACCGGUUCUGUCCGGUGGAGGAGGAGUCGAGCGAACUAAUCUACCAGCACUGCGACGCGCGGCCCGGGGCCAGCGGCUCCGGGGUGUACGGCCGGGUGUGGGACGACGCGUUGGAGCACUGGGAGAGGAAGGUGAUCGGGAUUUUCUCUGGACACCAGUGGCUGGAGAUCGACGGAGAGAACCGGGAUUACAACGUGGCUGUCCGCAUCACGCCGCUGAAGUUCGCCCAGAUCUGUUACUGGGUUCACGGGAACCGGCUGGACUGCAGGCAGGACUGAAGCAACCGAGGCCGAAGUUAAUUAAAAAUAAUACAGGGUGACCUUUACUGUUAGCUACUGCAGAAAACAUCCAUAGGGUGAUGUUAACAAAGUUACAGUAAAAACUUAACAGCAAUAAAUUUGUUUUAUUUAGCCUGUUAUAAAACAAAGAAAUGAUCUGAUAUUUGAAGUUGUAUACUUUCAUCAUGUCAUUAAAUCAUUUAUAAUUAAAUCAUUGAAGCUAAAUAUUUAGCUACAAACUAAAUAUUUAGGUAGCAUGCUAAAUAUGUAGCUAGCAAGCUACAUA